AUGCGUGUCCCGGCUGCAGUGUAUGUAAACAAACAGGCACAUUUCGCAGAUCCUGCAUUUGCAGAGUGGGAUCUUUUCGAAAGCUGGAUGGAGGGGAAGAUUUGGCGCGACGAGUUCGACUUUGUGAAGCUGCUGACUCCAGGCGGGUGGCCACAGACCGCGAAGGAUGCUCCACCUCCAGUGGUCAGUCCUCAGCCUGAAGUGGAAGAGGAGGUGGAACGGUAUUUCCUACGCUGGGUCCUGCAUUGCUGGCAGCCUUUGCAAGACCUCUUUGUCGACAAGAACGCCGAGCAGGUCGGUUCCAAGCAACCCAGCGGGAGCGGCGAGAGAAAGUCCCGGAGUGUCGCGGCAGAAGACUUCACUCGAUUUCUGCAAGGCCUUCGGUUCAAGGCUGAUGCCCGGACCUUGGUGCGGCUCAUCUUCCAAAGGUGCGAGGUUGAGGACCAGCACCGGCUGCGAGAAGGUGUGGAAAGCAUCACUCUAUCACAGCUUCAGAGUUUUCGUCAGAAGGCGGAAGCCAAUCUCUUGAAGUGCUUCUGCGAAGCCCUGAGGAAGACCCGGGGCACUGUGCUGCGGGCUUGGCGGUUAGAUCUCGAUGUUCGAGAUUGUCAAUUGAGUCAAAGGAGUACAUGUGUCGGAACAUGGACGUGCCUGCCUGCAUUGCGUCAGAUCUGUAAUCGAUGCGAAGUGAGCUCGAUCUCCUUUCAGCCGGAUGUUCCAUGUGAGUCACUCUUUGCCACUCUCAUCCCGUCCGCGGCUGCAUGCGACGCCAUGCGCGGAUGUGCUGCGCCCGCUGCUCGAGCAGCUUGGCGCCUGGGCCGCUGCGGAGCUUUGCUGAGUCUGCCUCAAGGCGGAUUCAUCGCUCAGGCCAGGGGGCUCUCGGCACAAGACUUCGAGGCUCUGUCCAUCAGGGAGCUCCAGGAUCUGGCGAGACAGCGCGGGGUGGACCCGGAGGACUGCUUUGAGAAGCGCGAUCUGGUGGAGAAGUUGAGGAAGGUGGCUUCCGGAAAGACAACUUUCAGCACGUGCCAAGCAGAUCCCAGCACCGGUGAAGUCGCGGACGAGGAGGUGGCCUCCAUGUCAAUCACCGAGCUGCGCGCUCUCAUCCACGAGGCUGGUCUGGGCUCCCGGGAUCUCCUGGAGAGGAAUGACUUCCUGCAGAGGGCCAAGGAGGCGCAGAAGAUUCUGAGGACCAAGGCGAAGACCGAAGAGUCGACUUCGAGAAAGGCGAGCUCGAGUAAGGCAGCGACCGGGAGCUCGACCAAGGGCCAGUUGCCCUGGGAUGUCCGGCGCUACCAAGAGCUGGAAAUCGUGCUGUUUGCUCGAGGAGGUUGCCCGCAUUGUGUUGCAGCGUUUGAGCUGCUGAAGCGACGUGGUCUGCCAAACUUCGACUUGCAAGAUGUGGAGUGGUCGAAAGAGGCGGUGCAGGAGUUCCGGCGAUUAGGCGGCAACGGAGUUCCGUUUUUCUAUUCGAAGAGGACCGGGAAGAGUUUGUCGGGCUGGAAACCCGAUGCCACCGAUCUGGAGUGGCUCGUGCAGCGCCAUGGAGUCGUGCAGCGGUCCGACCUGGAGCGUGUAUGCAGAGUUGUAGGCUGCGGUGAUGAUGCUGCGUCAGUUUGGCAGGCGUUGAGACCUUCUGGCGGGCCGCAGCAUCCGCUCGAGAUCUGUGAUCUUGCGCCUGCCGAGGCAGCGAACCUCUAUGCUUUCACCGAGGAAGUAUUCAAGCUGUUGGGGUAUCAUCUCAACCGCGCGUGGGGUCUGCUGAGCAACGGGUCUUCAGCAGCUGCAGAGGUAAAAUCCAUCAACUCGGAACAGUUCCAACAGGCAUACUCAAGGCUUGGUCUGACUGGAGAUGCAGGCUUGAUCUACCGUGGUUUGGUGAGCUUCAACAAGGAUGGAUCCGAAGGCAAGCUCUGGAAGGAAGAGCUUGACUAUGCUUGGUUCUUGACCAUCAAGUUGGCGCGGCACAACUUGGGCUCUUUGGUUGUUGAAGCACUGGCAGCGGAUCUAGACCUUAAGUGGGAGUGGUGGUGGAGUUGCUUCGGCUGGAUUGCCCAUGCAGGUGCAGGUGAGCUUGCCGGGCUGAAGCUGUUGAUUCCUGGCACUUUCUACAAUCUGUCAGGGUGGGGAGUCCGACGCGCCUGCACAGUGCUUGGACUGGAAUCCCGUCAACUCAUCCUCCUGCACGACGACAUAGACCUUGAGUGCUUCUGCUGGGCAAUUCGAUCUGGGGGAUCUGAUGGAGGAAACCGCGGUGUGCGAAGCGUUUUUCAAGCACUGGACCCUGGAGUGAAGAGGCUGCGGAUAGGGGUCGGGCGCCCUCCCAGUCGCGAUCCGACGGCAGUCGCCGGUCACGUGCUCGCGGCCGUGGACCCAGAGCUCCUCCAGCGCUGGAGAACGGCAGCGCGCACCGGCGAACUGCUGGAGAUCCUCGGCCUUGGGCCCGGAGGCUCCUCACAGGGGGGCCCUCCGGGUCGAGGCUGCCACCAUCCGGACAGUGCCAGUGCAUCAUCGGCCACAUGGCUGGGAGGCCUCUGGGAGUCGACAUGCCGCGCAGCUGCUGACCGCAUUAGGCUUCUGUGGCGAAGUGCCGCGAAUGGCAAGUUGUGCCCAAUCGAGGUGCCGAAGGUGGUCCUCACGGCUGAUGAUUGCGACCCUUCCUUGCUCGUGCUGGAGCCUUGCAGUUGGGACGAGGCAGUGACCCUGCCCUCUGCAAAAAGGCGCUUUUCAUUCCAGCUGCCCUCCACAAGUGAGCCGGGCUGCUUUCUUACGUUCCGGCUGCCAGAGGGCGAGAAAGUAUCGGUGCAGAUGCCCGAGGGGUUGCAGGGAGGCGAGACGGCAAUGGCGACACAGCGGCCGGAUGGCAAAUGGCGGCUCACAAGGAAGCCGACGCACUUCACUUUUGCCGUGCCACCGGGAGCGAAGCCCGGUCAGGUUCUGAAACCCCAGCUGCCAGAUGGAACCUUCCUGCAUUUGGAGCUGCCGGAGAACGUGCAGCCUGGCCAUCUUGUGGAGCUGAAGAACCUCGAGGGCACAUGGGCUGUGGUUCGCAUCGUCGAGCUCUUGCAGGUGGCCCGCAACCCUCCUCAAACUGAGACUCUUCGAGGAUCCUACUUGGCAGCCUUGGAGCACCUCCGCCAGUCUGGCGGACUCAGGGCCCUGCAGGCCGAUACUGAUGGCAUGCUUGUGGUCAACGUACCCUUUUGUGGGCGCUUCCAAGAGUAUGCCAUGCUCGGCAACUUCCUGGCCGAGCACUGUUUGACUUUGCCUGGGGUGAAGGGGAUCCGGAUCUUCGCUACAGACAGCCAGGACAAGUACCACUACGACUGGGCGGUUGCCAAGCGUUGGUUUGCAGAGUUCCAUCCACAAAUUGAGGUCCAACUGUCGGUUCGCGACCUCCACAUCGAUUCGCUGCCGAGGGCAGCGCUCACUGUGGCCACACAUCCCGAAGUUACACGAGGGGGAACUUGGUUUCCCAUCAUCGGGUCCAUUGUCCGUGCGGCGGCAAAGGGGACAUGCCUUUUCGGUACCUUCUUCGAGGAUGAGGCCACGACGCUGACCAACAUGGUGAACAUGUACAAGACGAACGACCAGACGAGCUGCGAGGUUUCAGAGAACCAAUACUUCAUGACACCAGAGAGCAAGGAGACUUUCCUGCUUGCACCCGUCCUGGCCAUGCUGUUUGUCGCCUUCUACUCCAGGGAAGCAGACGGCUUCGAAGCCCAGUCCUUUCGGGAUGCAGCGCAUUGCCGGCAUGGAUUUGCAGUUCAACGUGUGGAGUUCGGUCGAGCGAAGUCGGCCGGCGCGGGUCGAAGGCAGCAAGACUUCGAGUGUCCUUCGUUUCAAUUCGUUUCCACCAUUGACUUCUGA